UAUAUAAGGGAUGAAGGAUAGUAGUAGAAAACAAGGGGCGGCGUCCCCGUGCGCAGAGUGCAAGAUUCUGCGGCGGCGGUGCGCGGCGGAUAGAGUCUUUGCACCUUAUUUCCCGGCAGACGACCCGCACAAGUUUGCCAGUGUCCAUAAGGUCUUUGGCGCUAGCAAUGUCAACAAGAUGCUCCAGGAAUUGCCCGAGCAUCAAAGGGGCGAUGCCGUAAGUUCCAUGGUGUACGAAGCCAACGCAAGGGUAAGGGAUCCCGUCUACGGCUGUGUAGGGGCAAUAUCGUCUUUGCAGCAGCAGAUCGACAUGCUGCAGACACAGCUAGCGCUGGCACAGGCCGAAGUGGUGCACAUGCGCAUGCGCCACGUCACCAAUUCCCCGGAAAACGCAUCCCCGUCAUCAAGAUCACACAUGAGUCAACUAUCCCAUCAGGCCAAGUCCCUUUUUAGCAUGGACAUGGUUGAUCAACACCACCACAACAUGGAGGAGGAUGACUCAUUGUGGGGUUAAAUUAUAUUAUAUUAAAUUAAACUCUUUUUUUAUUUUUAUUUUUUUUUUAUAUUCGAAUACUCUAUACUAUAUUUACGACCUUCCCUUUUCUCCUUUUCUUUUCUCGUUUUUUGUCGGCCUACCUUCUUUUCUUUUCUUUUCUUUUUUAUAUAUUUGGCUUUCUUACAUAUAAUACAUGUUUUAUAGCAACAUCUCACCUGACCUGAGAGAUGAUGAUUACUACCAUUUACCAGCAUUCAUCAUUAACUAUAUUGUAAAUCCAAGAGACAUAUAUAUGAUCGUAAGCUAUGAUUAGUGUUCCUGUGUGUGU